AUGGGUCAGAGAAUAGUCAGUGAAAAUGACGAGGAAUCCGCAGUAAAAGUGUGCGUUAGAGUCAGACCUCUUAUUAAAAGGGAGGAGUCUGAAAGCCCGGAGCCAGUGCAGCUCUACUGGAGAGCUGACAAACAGGCCAUCCAUCAGCUGGAUGAUGAUGGAGCUCAAACUAAGAGCUACAGUUUCGACCGUGUGUUCAGUGCUGAAGAGACCACUGCUCAGCUCUACCAGGACAUUGCAAAGCCACUGGUCGUGUCAGCAGUUGAAGGCUAUAACGGCACGAUAUUUGCCUACGGACAGACAUCUUCUGGAAAGACCUUCACCAUGAUGGGAAGUGAACAUAACCCUGGAGUGAUUCCUCUUGCCAUGGCUGAUGUCUUCAAAACUAUUAAAAAUUGUCCAAAGAAGGAGUUUCUCCUGCGUGUGAGCUACAUGGAAAUCUACAAUGAAACAGUCACAGAUUUGCUCUGCGAGAGCUGGAAAAGGAAACCUCUGGAAAUUCGUGAAGGGAACUACAAAAACGUGUACGUAGCUGAUCUGACGGAAGAGCUGGUGACGUCUCCGGAACAAGCCCUGUCCUGGAUCACCAAAGGAGAAAAAAACCGACAUUAUGGAAAAACAAAAAUGAACCAGCGUAGCAGCCGCUCUCACACCAUCUUCCGCAUGAUCUUGGAGAGUCGUGAGAGAAGUGACCCGGCAUCCGGGGAAAACUCUGAUGGAGCCAUCAUUGUGUCACACUUGAACUUGGUGGAUCUUGCUGGUGCUGAGCGGGCGAGUCAAACAGGAGCCGAGGGAGCCCGCUUUAAAGAAGGGUGCAAUAUAAACCGCAGUUUGUUCACUCUCGGUCAAGUCAUUAAAAAGUUAUCCGAUGAGAGUCAGAAGGGCUUCUUGAAUUACAGAGACAGUAAACUGACUCGGAUCCUUCAGAACUCUUUGGGUGGCAAUGCCAAAACUGUCAUUAUUUGCACCAUCACCCCAGCCACUGUCGACGAGACUGUCAGCACUUUACAGUUUGCUAGUGCUGCCAAGCGCAUGAAGAACGACCCUCACGUCACAGAGGUCUCUGAUGAAGGAGCUCUCUUGAGAAGAUACCGCAAUGAGAUUGUUGAUCUCAGACGACGUCUGCAAGAGGUUUCCUCUGUCACACAAACAACUGCGACCGAGCGAGAAUCCCUGUGUCAGCUUCUGCAGGAGAAAGACCAGCUCCAGAGAGAGCAGCAGGACAGGAUUAAGAACUUAACCAAGCUACUAGUUACUGCCUCAAAUGUCGCCCUAAUCCCUAAGGUUCCAAAGAGGAGAGUGACAUGGGGUGGAAAACUGCUAAGGUCUGCUCGUCUUCUAAAUGAUGAUCUCGGCGCGAGUGACAUGAGUUUUGCAGAGCCGUACAUCAAGAAGAGAAGAGCUGAUUGCUCUCUGCCCGAUGAGGGAGAUGAUGUGUAUGAGUUUGACAGCCGGUUUGAUUUCACUGCUCUGGAGGAACCCAACAUGGACAUGGAGAUGAACAGCACCACUGUCCGCAACUCCUCUGAAGGGAGUCAUUUCUUAGACUCGCCCCAAGCGAGCGAGCUGACGUUGAAGGUGGCGUCUCUGGAGCGUCAGCUGGAAGCAGAAACUCAGUGCAAACAGAGAGCAGAGGAGAUGAGCACUGAACUCCAGCUGAAGAUCUCUGAGUUGCAGAACAAGCUGGAGGCUCAAGCCACACCAUCAGAGGAGAAGACCAUCUCUCAACUGGAGAAACAGAUGGAGGAAUUGCAGAGUCGACUGGAGAAGGAGGUUCAGGAGAGACAGAAGGCUCAGGAGGAAACCUCCUCACUGGAACUGAACAUGGCAGAGCUGGCGAAAACUUCAGAAGCCCUGCUGCACUCACAGCACACAUGUGAACAGCUAAAAAAAGAUCUGGAAGAGGCCAUUCAGUUCUGUGAGAGUCUUGGAUUUGAGAAAGAUGCUGUUAUUGCCGAACGAGACCUGAUCAAACACACGCUUCAACUGAUAACUGAAGAUCUGGAGAGUCUGAAGGCAGAGAAAGACUCUCUUCAGAAAGAUAAAGAUGUUCUGCAGAAGGACAUUGAUGAGAGAAAAGAUGCAGAUGAGUUUGAGAAACUGGAGCAGGAGAGCAAGAGAGAGUAUGAGAGAGAAUUGGAGGCUGAAAACUCCAAACUGCAGCAGGAUUUACAACGUUCAGAAGACAUGAUCCAAAGGCUGAAGGCUGACCUGGCGAUGAUGUCAUCGGAGCUUCAGAAGAAGACAGACCUGACUACUGAGCUUCAGAGUUUUAGUGACAAGGAUCUUGUCCAGGAAGUGACACGUUUACGGCGCUCUCUUGACGAUGCUGAGUGUCUCAGUUUGGAUACCAAGAAAGAAUGGGCCUUCCUGCGGACUGAGAACAUCUCCCUCAAAGAGAGAGAUGCAACCCUGACUACAGGCUAUGAGAAGAUGGAAGCUGAGGUGAAGAUGCUUCAGGACAAGCUGGAGCAGGAGAAGUCUCGCUUCAAGAAGAUGCAAACGGAUCUUCAAAAAGAACUAAUGGGUGCUUUCGAUGAGAAUACCAAGCUAACUGCUCUUCUGGAUGGAAAAGUGCCAAAAAAUCUGACAGAUAAUCUUGUGUUGGAGAAAACGGUCUGCGACUUGCGUAAGGAGCUUGAUCAGAGUCAUGAGACAGAGAGAUGUUUGCAGAGUAAGAUAGAGCAGAUGGAAACACUUCCUGUUAAAGUGGAUGAAUUGCAGAGACAGGUGUGUGGUCUGUCAGAAGAGCUGUGUUCUGUUAGAGAGGAGAGAGACACUUUGUUAUCCGCUCAGUCCAGUGUGAAUGAAGACCAUCAGAGACUAAAAGAUGAGACGUCUAAAGCUCAGGAUCAGCUGCUGAAGAUGGAGAGUGAUCUGGUUGAUGCUCAGCUGAAGGAAGCAGAACUGAGCCAACAGCUCACGGAGACAUCAGAACGGCUCCAGAACAUCAAGACAGAUCUCCAGCACGUCACACAGGAGAAAAACACACUGCUCACAUCAUUAGAGGAGGCCACACAGAAGUCGGUGCAGUUGAGUGCAGAGCUGGAGUCUGUUCGUGGAGAGAGAGAUGUGCUUUUGUCUGAGAAGAUGGAGGAAGUUCAGAGAGACCCAGAUGAGAUGGAGAAGCUGCGACACACUAUCAGCUCAAUAACUGAAGAGCGAGAGCAGCUCCAAGAAAUUCUACAGGGCCUGAGAGAAGAGAGAGACCAGCUCAAGAGAGACAUGGAGGAAAAUGUGGAGAUGAUGAUUGAGACUCAAGCAGAACUGAGAGAGGCUCAGGAGAAGGUGAAGGACCUUCAGGGAAGAUUACACAACCUGCAAUCACAGAGAGUUCAGAAGGUCGACCAAUAUGAGGACCAGAAGAACUGUGAAGAUGGACAGCUGGACAAACUACAAGAUCAGCAGCUAAUAGAAGAGUUCAGUGCUGCUGUUUUUGAAAAGGAGCCUCUGCUCUCUGAGAGAUCUAACCACCAUGAGCAGUCUGAUGUGAUGGAGAAGAUGAAAGCAGAAGUCACAUCUUUAACACAAGAACGAGAUCAGCUUCAGGAGAGACUACGGGAGCUGGAGAGAGACAAUAUUCAGAUGAAAACACAUCUGGAAAAGAAAAAUGAGAUGAUUCUGCAGGCUCAGUCAGAGUUGCAGGAACAGCAGCAGCAUUUGAACCAAGAUCAAGAAGAUUCUAGUGAGAACAACUCAAUGCUUCAGCAGAUUCAGACACUCAAAGAAGAGCUUGAGACUUUAUUAGAGCAGAGAAACCAGCUGACAUUGGACCUUCAAGAGACCUCUCAACAGGUGUGUGGUCUGUCAGAAGAGCUGCGUUCUAUUAGAGAAGAAAGAGACACUUUGUUAUCCGCUCAGUCCAGUGUGAAUGAAGACCAUCAGAAACUGAAAGAUGAGACAUCUAAAGCUCAGGAUCAGCUGCUGAAGAUGGAGAGUGAUCUGGUUGAUGCUCAGCUGAAGGAAGCUGAACUGAGCCAACAGCUCACAGAGACAUCAGAACGGCUCCAGAACAUCCAGACAGAUCUCCAGCACGUCACACAGGAGAACAGCACACUGCUCACAUCAUUCGAGGAGGCCACACAGAAGUCGGUGCAGUUGAGUGCAGAGCUGGAGUCUGUUCGUGGAGAGAGAGAUGUGCUUUUGUCUGAGAAGAUGGAGGAAGUUCAGAGAGACCCAGAUGAGAUGGAGAAGCUGCGACACACUAUUAGCUCAAUAACUGAAGAGCGAGAGCAGCUUCAAGAAAUUCUACAGGGCCUGAGAGAAGAGAGAGACCAGCUCAAGAGAGACCUUGAAGACACUAAUGGGAUGCUUAUGCAGGUUCAACAGGAACACAGCGGCUCACAGACAGACACACAGCAUGAUGAACUCCUCCAGCAGAUGCAGCAGCUUCAAGAGGAGCUGGACACCGUGAAUGAGGAGAAGAACCAGUUAAAAUCUGAUCUACAGGAAAAUGUUGAAAUGAUGAUUGAAAAUCAAGAGGAGUUGAGAGGAGCUCUUGAGAAGGUGAAAGAUCUUCAGAACACCAUACGAGAGCUGAAGUCUCAACAAACUCUAAUGGAGUCCAAACUCCAGGACUCUGAAAACACAUCCCAACAGCUGCAGGAGCUUCAUGUUCAGAUGAAGCAGCUGAGAGAGGAGUUUGAGAGUGUGUGCUGUGAACGAGAGCGUCUGCUGUCUGAUCGCUCCAUCAAUACACUCAGUGAAACUGAGAUGAUGGAGCAGAUGAAGACCAGCAUCAGCUCUCUGAUGGAGGAGCGAGACCAACUCGAGCAGACACUCCAGGGCCUCAGAGAGGAGGUGGAGCAGCUGAGGAGAGAGCUGCAGGAGAGAGACCAGAUGAUGGUCCAGUUGAAGUCAGAGCUUCAGUCUGUUUGUGCCGAGAGAGACCGUGUGGCAUCUGAAAGAAGCGGAGAGAUGGAGAAGAUGAGCUCCAGAAUGAGCUCUGUGACUGAGGAGCGAGAUCAGCUCCUGGAGACUCUACAGCGGCUUACAGAUGAGAACACGCAGCUCAAGAGAGACCAGCAGCAACAGGACGAGACACUGGUCCAGGUGAGAGAGCAGCUCCAGUCGGCCUGCACUGAGAGAGACAGUCUGCUGUCUGAGAAGAACAAUAGCGAUCUGGAGAACAUGACACUAGAGGAAGUCCAGACAAGCCUGGCUUCUGUCACUGAGGAGAGAGAGCAGCUUCUGGAGAUCCUGAAGGUCAACAGAGAGGAGAAGAACCAGCUGAGGAGAGACCUGGAGGAGAAGGAAGAGACUUUGCUGCAGUUACAAGAAGAGAUUCAGUCGUCUUCUGCAGAGAAAGAACAGCUGCUUUCUGAGAGAACAAAACAACAGCAGGAGAAAUUAGCAGAGAUGAAGAUGGCUAAAGCUAACAUUGCCUCUCUGACUCAAGAGAGAGACCAGCUGCUGGAAACACUGCAGGGCAUGAGAAAUGAGAGCGAGCAGCUGAAGAGAGAUCAGUUAGAGAAGAGCGAGAUGAUGGAGCAGUUGAGACAGGAGCUGCAGUCCGCAUGUGCUGAGAGAGACCGUCUGAUGGCAGAGAGAGAUGCUGCAUGUAACCGAUCUGGUUCUUCCUCCAGUAUGACGUCUCUAAGUGAGGGAGGAGACCUUCAGGAGAUCCUGCAGGGUGUUCGAGAGUUGAUUCAGGUCCAAGGAGAGCUCAAACAGAAGAAACAUCAGGUGUCUGAUCAUGCGAGUCCCACGGGGAAACCGAAAGCCCUUGAGCAGAUUCAAGCCCUCACUGAGGAGAUGGAGUCUCUGAGGAAUCAGAGGGUGGUGCUCAGGAAAGACCUUCAGGAGGCAACUGAGAUUUCUAAAAUGUAUCAGGAUUUACUGCACGUUACUAAGGAGGAGCUGAAGCAGCAGCAGAAAGAGAACGCAGAACUGAUGGAGCAGAGUGCUGCGAAAGAGUCUCAGCUUCAGCAGCAGUUGAGUCAAAUAAGUGAAGAUCUCUCAGCUUUACGAGUCCAGCACAACACAGAGAUCCAAAACCUCCAAUCAAAGCUCACCUCACUUACAAAAGUGAAGGAUGAACUCCAGGACACGCUAAAGAGAACCAGAGAGGAGGGAGAACAACUGAGACAGAAUCUUCAAAAGACUGAGGAGAUGAAAAACCGGUUGACAGGGGAGCUGGGGUCUCUCACUGACAUGAAGGAUCAGCUGGAGAAUAAGACGCAUACUGAGCAGGUCCUUGAGUCUUUAAGAGAUGUCACGAAAGAGAGAGAUCAACUCAAACAAGAACUGGAGGGAAAAAUGGAGAAGCUGACACGCAUUGAAUCAAAAGCAGAGCAGCUGAAAAAGCAGAAGAUCCUCCUGGAAUCUGAAGUCCAUUCCCUCAGUCAGUCUCUCACUGAGGUGAACUGCAGUGUGUCUGAUCAGAGGCAGUCCAAACACAGAUCUGGAUAUCUGGUUCCUGAGAUUGAUGCGGCUGAUCAGAAGAUGCAGGUGGCCUUUGCAAAGCUCCAGCAGAUCAUCGACCGUCCCACUAACGCUUUAUCUGAUGUGAACCGUGAAGAAUGGGCUGUGAUCUUUCAGCUGGUGCCAUUCAUUCCAAAGGAUCAGAGAACAGUCCAUGACAAACACACCAAGAAAACAACCAGACUGAACCACGUGCUGAUCAAGAUUGCGGAGGCAUACAAGAGACUGGCGCUGCGCUACAAGACCCACUUUGAGACGGAGGUGCAGCGUGACGUGUCCUUGUUUGAGGAAUCUCGACUACAGGACUUGCUCGUGCUCAUGGCUCAGACUCCAUCACAGUCUUUCCGAUCACUCCAGGAUGACUUCCAGCAGCUCUGGGAUCAGAGACUGUCACGUCUGUUGGAAAGACGUCAGCAGUACUUGCAGAAACUGGAGGCUGGUCUAAAGGUUCUGGAGGAUGGUCUAGCCAAACAUGAAGUGAUGGUGUCAGAGGAGCGUAAGCACAGGACUCGUGCACUGGAGGAGCUCAGAUCUCUACUCAGAUCUCCUCAGACUGCUGCUAUUGUACAGCUGCAUGAGCGACAAAUCGCUCGGCGUACCAAAGCGACAGAGCGUCUCAAUACGUUUUAUUUUGCUCUGUUGAAUGAAUGUGACGCUGCGAUUUCCCCCCUCAAAUUGUCCUCUGCUGAGUCUGAGCAGCGGCUGAAGGAUCACAGAAGAGAGACUAUAACUCUGCUUCAAGCUCAACACGGCACCCUGCCCAAAACUGAGACUGAACUUCUGCAGGACAAUCAGCGUCUGUCACUGCAGGUGCAGCAAACCCAGAAACAGAUGGAGGAUAUUCAGGAGCAGAUGAAAGAACUGAAGGUCCAGGCUGAUGCCUCAAAUCUUCAGCUUCAGGAACUUGGUGGCCAGCUAAAAGAGAAAGAAGCCCUCCUCCAGAGCUUACAAAACAAACUUAAAGAGUCAGAGGUUCUGGCUAAGAGGAGCAUGACACCAGGAGCUGCUGAGCUUGCCACCCUAAAAGACAAACUUGUCAAAAUGGAGCUGGAUCACAUUGCAGUCACAACUAGUCAUGAAAAGGAAAUUGCACAGAUGAGCUCCAUGUUGGAGCACAGAGCCGAUGUCAUCCGCAAGCUGAAAGAGACCCUGAGGAAAAUGCAGCAGGACGAUGAACAGUCAUUCACAGAUGGUGAUGAGUUUGACCUUAAAUUGGGCUCAAGCACCAGAGCGGUCACGUCCCUCAAAGAGAAGAUGGAGGAGCUGCAGAAGAAGAACACUCAGUUUGAGAGUCUGGUGAGCAAGCAGCAGGAGGAGAUCAACAAAUGGAAGCGGCGAGCGUACAAGUUGAAGGAGUGUAAUCGAGAUGCUCCAUGCACCCCGACCAAACGCCAUCCUCCUCUGACGGAGACUGAAGUCAACUCGCCAAAGAGGACGUUCCUGGACUCUCCAAAGAGCAAGUUCUUCGACGUGCGCUCCAAAGUUCUCACCCUCAACCAUCCCACGCAGUUCUUUGAUAACUCCAAUCUUGGGACGAUGCCAGAGGUUUCCUGUAUGCUGGGCGAGCCCAUCAUGGAUUCUUCAGACAGUGAUGAAGAGGAUUCCAGUUCCAGCACAGCUGUUGCAUCAGAUGCAGCACCAGUAGACGACUGGUGGCAGAUUCCUAAUGCUUUGCCAGAAAAGCCUGACGCUAACACGAAUGCUAACGCUUGCCCAACACAGUGAUCUUGGAUCUGUUUUGCCGUCCCUUUUGCUGUCUGUUGGAAAGUUAAUUUGAGAUAAAAGUCCUUGGAGUCCAAUCAUUCACCAACUGAUGUAGAAUGUUAAACAUGUCCUGAGAUAAUGACAUCUUCUAAACUCAUCCACCAUCUGUCCUGCUGUGGAAAAUCAGAAAUCAGGAAGCUCUUUAUGAUGCAUCAAACUGAUGUUCAUCUUGACAGCCGGAGAUGCACCGCAGUAAACAUCCAGUGAGCACUAACAACUAUACUCAACUCUGCAGUCAUUGUUUGUCUUUUUUUGUGUAUGUUAGCUUUUUUUCUCGUUUUAAUGUUUUAUGUAAAUAAAGUCAGCGUUUUAAAUGUAAA